AUUCUCAAUCUCAAAUUUACUCCACUAGUCUUCAUUGUUUCUUCUUUCAUUUUCUUAGCUUUUUCUCAAAUUUCCCCACCAAUAACCUCAUUAUUAAAACCUCUAAAUUCUCUCUUUCACAAAAAUUAAAAAAUAUAUAUAUAUUUAUAUAAAAUUAAAAUUAAAAUUAAAAAAAAAUCUCCAAUUUAUAGAGAAGAACAGAGUGAAACACAGAGAGAGAGUGAAAGAGAAACACAAAGCAAAACCAGAGAGAUGCGAUGCCAUGGCGUAACGAUCCCAGGGAGCGAUUCUCGCUUCUUCAUCCCCAACAAUUUGACCCCAAGACCCACAAAUCUUAAUCCCACCACCACCACCAUGAUUUUCUCGGUCAGAGUUCCCAAACCCGUUUACUCGACCCGAAACCGCUCCGGGUCUGUGAAAGCCGAGGCCGCCGUGAACGGUGCGGUUGUGGCGGAGGCGGCGGUCGAGUCGAGCUUCUACGAGCUUCUGGGCAUACCCGAAACCGGAUCGCUGGUCGAAAUCAAGCAAGCUUAUAAGCAACUGGCGAGGAAGUACCACCCGGACGUUUCGCCUCCGGGUCGGGUCGAAGAGUACACCAGGAGGUUUAUUCGGGUACAGGAGGCCUACGAGACCUUGUCUGAUCCGUGUCGGAGAGCCCUUUACGAUCGAGACAUGGCUAAGGGUCUUCAUCUAGCUUUCUCUGCUCGAAGACGAUACCAGAACAACCAGGGAAUGGAAGAGAAAAGCGAAUGGAAAAACCGUUGGCAAAGUCAGCUCUCGGAGCUUAAAAGAAGAAGCAUGAGUAAGGAUGGUAGAGGUAACAACAUGUCGUGGGGAGCUCGAAUGCGCCGGCGGAAUGGCGAUUUGUCUAACGAUUUAUAGAAUAAGUAGGCUUAGGUAUUCUCUUAGUUUUCUUCCAACAUGUAUAUAUAUAGUUCAUAUACCAUAAAUGUCAGUCUGCCAAUAUCAAUGCAUAAAAAAGUAUUUUUCAACCUUGCUCUUCCAAGAAAUAAAAGUUCAAUAUACAAAAUAUGCCCAAGUUUUGGGUUUUGACA